UUAUUGUCUAAGAUAAAUGUCAAUUGUCAAUUGUAUAUUUUAAUAAUAAACAACGUUACAAACUGUUAGAGACCUGGUGAUCAACUAAAUCGCAAAACUGUCAAACUCUGGAGAAAAGGAACGUCAACGAGGCAGCAUGCCGGAACCUGUGAAUCAUCAGGUCAAUGCAGCUCGAAAAACGUUUCAAACACUUUAUGAUAUAUCAAAGCUAUUAAACACAAAUUUAGAUCCAGCAACAUUGAGUAUUUGUGUUAGACUAUGUGAACAUGGUGUUAAUCCACAAGCACUUGCAACUGUUGUCAAAGAAUUACAACGUGAAAUUAAAACACUGGAAAAUAAUCAAGUUGAUUUAACAAAAGCUGGACUCAAAUAAAAUUUUUCUAAAUGAUUAUCAAUGAUAAAUAAAUUACCACAAUAUAUUCAA